AUGGUGAGCGAAUAAAAUAUUUAAAAAAUCGUCCAAUUUUGAGUCUAAAGUGUAAAUUCAGCGCCCGGUGUCGUUUUGCGAAGAAAAGCAGGUGGCUGUCGACUUUUCCGCCAAAGACCUGCCUCAUCAACCCGUGACGAUCUCCAUCAUGAGUGCUAACGCCAAUAGAGCUGGAAUGAUCUUUUUUCGGUAAGGUGAGCUGUGCUUGAUGAUAGUCACAAUUAUUCCUUUUAUUUGUAGGGCUGGACCGUCCAGAAGCUGGAUCACCAAUGGAAAGACGGUAUUUGAUCGAUCAGAAGCCGGAAUUCCUCAAACGUGUGAGUUAUUUAUGUUGUAGAAAGUUGAUUUUUAGGCCAUGCGAUGCGGAUACCCGACGGUAAUGAUGGUAAUGACUUGUACCACUUUGACGCAACCAACCCGACCCUUUCUUCCAAUCGUCGUUUUGGAUUAUGCAAAAUUUUCGAUUCUUUUCGAUUUUUAUGCAAAUUUUGCACUAUGAAGAUUGAAAUCUAA